GUGCGCGAGUGGGGCCCGGAAGGCUGAUGUGGCCGCCAUCUCGCCAGGAGGUCGGCCGCAUGAAGAUCGAGCUGUUCGCUGACGUUGUGCCCAAAACGGCGGAGAACUUCAGGCAGUUUUGUACAGGUGAAUUCAGGAAAGAUGGUGUCCCUAUAGGUUAUAAAGGAAGCACUUUCCACAGGGUAAUAAAGGAUUUCAUGAUCCAAGGAGGUGACUUUGUAAACGGAGACGGCACUGGAGUAGCCAGUAUAUAUAGGGGUCCUUUUGCAGAUGAAAACUUCAAGCUGAAACACUCUGCUCCCGGGCUGCUCUCUAUGGCAAACAGUGGUCCAAGCACCAACGGCUGUCAGUUUUUCAUUACGUGCUCCAAAUGCGACUGGUUGGAUGGAAAACACGUUGUGUUCGGUAAAAUAGUCGAUGGGCUGUUGGUCAUGCGAAAAAUUGAAAAUGUGCCUACGGGUCCAAAUAACAAACCCAAGCUGCCAGUUGUGAUCUCUCAGUGCGGGGAAAUGUAAAGCAAUGAAAGAGAAACGUGAGAGGGACUCAGCUCAGCCAAACUCCAGCAAAUGCCUCUCUGGCAGCGUUAGCUUUUUGCUAGCCCAAGUCCCUGAGCUGGCUUCCCUCCGAGCUACACGAACACCGCAGGCAGCACUGGAGGGAGAGGAUUUUGCAGCUGCAGUCAAGGGGAAGAUGGGGUUGUGGGAGCUGUGCCUUGGGUGGGGUUAGGCUGCCCUGAAGCCUCGGCUUUAGAAACCAGUGGAUGAAAGGGAAAUGGAGUUACCCAGACAGUCUGGGGGGUGGGAGGCUUCGCUUUGACCUGCAGGUUGGGGAACUCUCCGAUUGCUACAGAAAGCGGAGCAUUCAUGCGUGGGGCAGGCGGGGAUCAAGAAAAGAGGAGAAGGAGAGGACUUGAGCCUCCUUGCUCAGCCGUAGGACUGCCACCACCGAAGGACCAAGGAGUUGUCACGCUACAUAGUCUUAACUCGGAAGAAUACCAGCGUCCUCAUCUGAAGUAAAUGCUGUUUCCAGCAUUUACUAUGAUUCAGGCUUCAUUUUGGCUAAACCAAUAGGCUCAAUACAGAGCUCAGGCUAACGUACAGUAUUCUGUUUCCAUUUGUCCGCCCACUUCACCGCAAAAAAACACAAGCAUUUAAACAAAUCUGUCUAGAUUUCAAUGUGUCAGGCUGCAGCUUGUCAAAAAUCUGCUGUAUUAGCCUUUUGGUUGCUGAUUUUUCAAAUUUCAGCAGGCGGGCAGGCACUGACAAAAGCAAAUCCCCACAAAUUUUGACCUUCCAUUAAAUGAUUU